AUGGUGCGUUUCGUGCCGCGCCUGGCGAAUGGCGAAGUCAUUAACAUAUCCUGGUCGCUGCGCAUCUAUCGCAGCACCAAUCACAUUUUCUGGCCCUUGGAUGGCAGCACGAGCAACUGCAGGCGUUGGCUUAACUACCUGCUAGUGCUCUUGGGUCUGCUCAUCUAUUUGCUGCACACGGACUUGGAGCUGCGUUAUAUACGCACAAAUGUGUACGAUCUGGAUGCUGUGCUCACCGGCAUGCCCACUUUUUUGAUAUUGAUAGAGGCGCAGCUGCGCAGCUUCCAUGCGCUGCGCUAUCGUGAAGAUCUGCGUCAGCUGCUGCAGCGUUUCUUCACUCAAAUCUAUGUGCCACGCCAGCAGCAUGCGCAGCUCUUUCGCCAAGUUGAGCGCAGACUUAUAAUCAUACGCACCGUUGCCGCUUCGUUUCUUAUUGCUGCACUCGGUUAUAUCUCAGCGCCUGUUUUCAUGCUCAUCAAGCAGCAGCGCAGCUAUAUUUUUCCCAUGGUGCCAGGCUUCAGUGAUCAGUCGUUGUUUGUCUUUGUGCCUUUGGUGCUGAGCAGCGCUUGGGUCGCCCUCAGCAUAGGCAGCAUGGAAUUUGGCGAGCCGCUGCUCAUUUGCGAGCUGACCACGCAUCUGAAAGCUCGCUAUGAAUUGCUGCAACGCGAUCUGGAGCAGUCUACGGCGCAACUGCUCAAAGCUCCAACACCUGCGCAGGUGUCGCGGCAGCUGCGUCAAGUGCUUGUGGCAACUCUUCGACGCAAUAUGCAACUGAAUCAGUUUGCCCAGCAGGUGGAGCAUCAGUUCACAGUGCGUGUGUUCAUUAUGUUCGCCUUUAGUACGCUGCUGCUUUGCACGCUCUGCUUCAAGACCUAUACUAAUCCCACCGCUGGCUACAUCUAUCCCGUUUGGUUUGUUUCCAAGACUCUGGAGAUUAUGGCUCUGGGUCAACUGGGCUCCGAUCUGGCCUUUCAGACCGAUACGCUGAGCACCAUGUACUAUGAAUGCAACUGGGAGCAGGCUUUGUUUCACUCCAGUGACCCACAGGAGAACCUGCGUCUGCUUAAGGUCGUCCUGCUGGCCAUUGAGCUGAACAGCCAGCCUUUCUAUAUGACUGGCCUGAAAUACUUUCGUGUUAGUCUGCAGGCAGGCUUGAAGAUAUUGCAGGGCGCCUUUUCCUACUUUACGUUUCUCACUUCGAUGCGCUGA